AUGUAUAGCGUGAGCUUCACCAGCACCACAACCACCCUGCGGCAACAUGGGAAGAGUGCCACGCUUGCAGCGGGCACCAACAGCCCAGCCAAGGUCAACACUGCCUGUUACCGCACGCACGUUCCACACCGCAUAGAGGUCAUCAGAGGGAUUAAAGAUCCCUGCGAAAAUGAGGUGUGGCAAAUGAUUUUGCAGCUGAGGGAGAUUGUUGAGCUCAUCUGUGCACCGGUCAUUACAGAGGGCCAGGUUGCGUAUCUUAAAGUCCUCAUAGAGGAAGGCAGUAUGAGCAGGGAGGAAAGUGAGGAUACAGGAUAUGUGAGGAGAGAUGCCAAGGAAGCAGUGUUGUCAUACUUGCCUGAUCUCCCUGAUGACCUUCUUACCACCAUGCUGGAUGAGCUUGGGGUCGAGUCUAUUGAAGAUCUGACCUUGGUGGAGGAGAGGGAUCUGGUGAAAUACCUCAAACCUAUCCAAAGUCGGAAGUUAAUGAAGGGCAUCAAGGACGGACUUGCUACUCUUAAUAUGGAGUUGGUCUCUGCUCCUGAUCCAAGUGCUCCAAGUUCCCCAACUCCCUGUUCUCCAAACACAACAUUCCAGCCUCCAAAUCAGCUGUUGCCCAGCCCUCCAAGCACUGCCCCAAGCACGUCAAGCGCUUUACAGUCUGGCAUACCAUGGCAUGUUGACUUUCGUCUCAACUGGGACCAGGUGUCAUCAGCCAUUCGACUUAGAGUGGAAAAAGAAGAAAGACCAUUGCCAGACGAGAGAAGGGCCUUUGUGGCCAUGCUCGUGGACCAAAUGAUGCAGCAUGACCGCAACCCAACCAGAGCCAUGUGCCACAGCGUUGUGAGAAACAUUGUCAGGAGCCAUCCAAAAUCAUUUGGCGACAUUGGCAAGUAUGGUGAUACUGCUGGAGACGGAUGUCACUCUCUUCUGCAACAAGUAAAAACAAGAGUGGAGUAUAAAAAUAGGAAUAAAACUCUUGCUCAACGCCGCAGAGAAAGAAGACCACGCACGGGAAUGGCAGGAGAGGCCAGACUGGCAAGAGGUCCUGUUGACCAAUACGGGUGUGUCAGGUGGGGCCCAGCAGAUUUGCCAGAGGGGGAGACCGAGGCAACGUUGGAGAAUAUAAAGAGGGAUCUGCUGAACAUCUACUCAGAGGAAGGAAUGAGUGGGGCAGAGAGAGCAGAACCAAUGAUGGAAAAGACAUAUGUCAUCCUGCGGAAAUACCUUAACAAAGUGCCUUCUGCAGCAAUGUCUGAGAUCAAACAGGAAUGGCCAUUUCUCUUCUCUCAGAAAUGCCUAUUCUCGCACUUUAACCUUCUGACGGACGUCAAUGUCCUUCAGAAGCUACAGGAGGCAAUUAGUCGACGAGGACAGACCAUCCUGGAUUACUGUGCAACACUGGACAACCCCAAGAUCCGUGAUGUUCUGGCCUGCUAUGAUCCAGACUCUGACAAGGCUGCCUGCAUCCUGCUGCUCCUAAUGUUGUACUUCAGAGAGCCGAAAGAGAGUUUGAUGCUUGAAGUUGAUCCAUGUGCCACUGCUGUGGACGUCAAUACUGCAGAACUCCCCGGCACCCCCUGCUUGAUCAUUCAAGGUGACAUGAUGAAGCCCUCUGGAUGGCUUUUGUCAAUCGAGGGACAUGUCGUGAUGGGCCCACACCCUUUCUUUUUACACGGAGUAGCUGCUUUCUUCAGCAGCUAUUACGUAUUCAACCUUGAGUAUCCUGCCGCUGGAUCUUCAACGCUGGAGUUCAUUCAAAGAUGCUUCCUGGGCAUCAAUCCUGAAAGAGGCUCAAAGACCAAGAAGCGGACAACAAUGAACCCUCAUGUGAGCACCCUUUUGAGGAAACUUAUUGACUUUGAGUGGGCAUCAUAGUUUUUUUUUUUUGCAGCAGCAGCAGCAGUAGUUGUCAGGCUCAGUUUUGAGUAGCCUUGUUCUUUUUGUAAUUUUUCAAGACAACUUUGCCCUACAAGAUUUUUACACAAUGCUGUUCCUUGUGGACUCAUUAUAAUGUUUGAGACAGAGAGGAGCACCUGACAUUACUUCAUCGCUCUCUCCCUUGCUCUCUUAUCUUGCCAUGAAUGCCUCAUU